CCUAUUUAAGCCAACUUGAGGAACCCAAGUUUGGUCUUCGUCACUUUAUUCCUUCAAGCAACACAUAUGUGCCAUGGAUAUGGAUGAAGUCAACCUACAUGAUGCUUUAGCAACUGGAUCGGAUUUGGGAAACAAGAGUGGGGAGAAGACUAUAAGUACAAAGGAAAUGGAGAAUGAAAUUAAGGAAUUGGGUAUUGCAUUUAAGGCACUAGCUGCAAUUGUCAAUGAAGCACUUAUUCAGAACAAGGCUCGAAACCAUCAUGUGGACGAGAUACAGACAACAUUAGUCAACAUUCAACAAACUAUUGGACAAAGGGGAUUAUUAAAUUCAACCAGUGAUUUAACAAAUCCAAAAGAUGCAGCAACUGCAACAAAAGUCAGUCAAAGUGUAUCCCCAGACACCAUUAUCCCGACGGACAUACUUAAGACGCUUGAUGCUGUUAAAAACAUAGUGGUCAAUCUCUCUGAUGAUGAUGACACAACUGAUGAGAAAAGAAAAAAUAAGGGCCAUGAACCUGGAGACAAAGCCGAUGUUCACUGGGGAGGCAAAUUCAACACCUCUAAUAAGCCAAGUCCUACUCAGAGUCUUGUUUCAGCGUUUCGUAAGGAAAACCAUCUGAAGUUGUUAAGAAAUUAAAAUACAGUCCAACUUCAUCACUCAGACCAGUCAAGGCCCCAAAGGUAGAUGCCAUAAGUACACCUUGGAGUGAAAUGAAAAUGCAAAAUGUAGGGAAGGGAAAGAACACUGCUACUGUAGGAAAGGAAAAAAAACUCUGAAUCUGAACAUUAUUUUUCAAUUUUUGGUUGUGUUCAGACUGCUGCAAUCUCACAACUAGUGACUAAAGAAUCAGGUUAUCCUACACACUUGGUCAAUAUUGCAAAAAAUAUGACUAGCAGCUGGGAGAUGACAGAAGUUAGGAGUAUUCCUAACAAGGGGAAAAGUGAUGAUUCUGCUGUAUGGGUGUUGGAUUGGCUACAACUAGAGGAUGGCUUUACCUCUCAUCUAUAUGGGGACCUGGCUGAGAACUCCGUUAGGAUGCAUACAACUACUGAUUUGAUCAGAGGCAUCCACAAAUGAAGAACGUCGGGCCAUGGAGGAAAAAAGUGAAGCGUAUUGGUACUACCUCAAUGACGAGAUGAAUAAAUAGAAUGAGAGUGGAGUAAUUGUUUUGAGAAUGGUAGAUGUGUUUUGGCUGGCUCAUGUCCUCAUGCUUUACUGCCCACUUUGAAGACAUUUAAUGCGACAUUGUGCACUUUUUGUACUAGUAUCGUUGUGCAAUGUCAAAUGAAACUGACUUAUGCCCAUAUGAGGGUUACUUGGUUUGUAAUUUUAAACAAGAAAGACGAUCAUAUUUGGUGUUUAUAAGACUUGUUUAUGGCACCCUUCUUUAUAAUUUUGGUUCCACUUGAGUGACAUGAGCUGUUUUAUGCCCA